GUCAAACACUUCAACUCGGCAUUAAUUUCGAGAGGAAAAUUUCUAUUUUUUUUUCGGGCUAAAAGAUCAAUUACCAUUGGGCAAAAUUGUUGAAUCCCCAACCAUGCACAGUGCGCAGUGUAAAACGCCCAACGGUCAGUUGACACAAAAUGAUUUAGCCAAUACGCCAGAACAUCUGCGUCCCGGAUUCAACGGACAUGUGCGUCAGUAUGAUCCCAGGGAAUUUGGUCUGACGAAUAACGAAGAAUGGCGCAAUCCGCGGAUCUUCCGGAAUAUGACAUAUGAGACCGACGCUGAGGCCAUGGAUGCGCUGCGGCUGGCGCAGCCGCGAAGACAAAUGUAUCGCCCACCUACGGGGGUAAAUCUAAGCAAUUUGACACAGGAGUGUCUGGCUGAUGUGUCGGCACCGGCGUUUGAUCUGAGCAUGCCGUCUCAGAUGUCUGGGCCGGGGGGCGAGUAUCUGGCUAAUAUCUCGCCGCCGCAUAUGUGCGAUACAGACAAGUCUGUGGGCCAAAAUGAUGCAAGCAACUACGUGGAUAGCGUUUACCGCCAGGUUGUGCACAGUUUCAAGAAUCCGCGUGAGCGCAAUGUGCCUGGUGAUAAUCUGUUGCCCGCGGUGGAGAACCGAUCUCCAGUGCCUAAUCAAGUGCCCGAAAAAGGCACCGCUCAAAAGAACAACAGUGUGCUAACUACACUGCGCAAGAUAACCACCCAUCGGGAUCAGUGCGGAAAUGUUACAAGUCGCGUCGAGGAGACCAGCACAGUGUCCAACACUCCCUACGAGCAGGCGACUAAUUUGGAUUGCACACCAGUCGGUACGGGUCAGGGGGGACAGGGACGUCAUCUACACUUUUCCAUGCCAGCCCAGUCGGAGAAUAUCGCUGAUAUCUCGAUGCCCUCAUUUUACGAUAAUUCCAUGCCAGCAAUGAGUACGCGAAUAGCCCCACAGGGCAUGACCAGUGAACGGCUGGCAGACAUAAGUGCUCCCGCGUUUGCGGACUCAGUGGGAAGACGAAUGCAAGCAACGCCGCCUACUAUCAGCAAUAUCUUAGCGCCGCCUAUUGGUAAAAAUGUGUGCCUGGAAAAUAUAAGUGCUCCCUCUUUUCCAAAUAGCACCGUUAACAGUUCUAGAAGUCCAGGCGUAGAAGAUAUAUGUGAUAUGUCGGCACCGCUAUUCGCUAGUACCAAUCGUUUCGAGUGUCUCGAAGAUAUAUCCAUGCCGUCUGGCGUCUCUGGCGCUAAAGGUGAUUCGAAACGACAAGCAACAGAGUUUCCCAAUGAAUGCUUGCAUAAUGUGACAAUGCCAUCGUUUGGAGGUAUUACGGGUGCUUCAGGUGCGUCAAGGCGACAAGUUAACUUAACGUCCAACGAGUGCCUAGAAGAUAUAACAAUGCCUUCAUAUGGCGGAGUUUCUGCAGCGUCAAAUAGACAAGCAAGCUAUAUACCUAGUGAAUGCCUGAAUGACGUAAGUGCCCCAUCCUUUGUGUCCAGUACCUUGCGUAGUAGAACACCUCGACGCCAACAAAGGUCCAUGCCCUCACAUAAUACAUUAGACGCAACAGCUCUGGAGGACAUCAGUAUGCCUUCCUUUGAAGGAGUAUCGAGUGCUACAGCAAGAACAUUUCAGCAGCGAUCAAUGCCUUCCCAGACUAUCUGUGACAUAUUAGCACCAUCUUUCGAAACUUUUGGGCAGGCUCCAAAUACCAAUGAAUGCUUGGAAAAUGUAACGAUGCCAACAUAUGGUAGUUCAGGACAUGGGACUUAUCAGUACCUGGAGGAUAUCAGCAUGCCCUCGUUUGGAGGAGUAUCGGUAGGUUUAAGAGGAGCAGGAUCUCCAUCGCGACAACAGCGAUCAAUGGCGCCGUCACAAAUUACACCGGGACAAAUGACAAAUGAGUGUUUGGAGGAUGUUACAAUGCCAUCCUAUGAGUAUUCUGGCAGAGGGCCCGCGAAUAAUCUGGAGGACGUCAGUAUGCCUUCGUUUGGAGGAGUAUCGGCUGCUUCAAAAGCAAGAACCCUGACACGUCAACAACGUUCAAUCCCUACCCAAACUGUGUGUGACAUAUUGGCCCCAAGUUUUGAAAACAGUGGACGAGGGCCUUCGACAGCGCAUGAAUAUUUAGAGAACGUGACCAUGCCGUCCUUUGAAAGCUCAGCCCGAGGACCCAUGACUAAUGAGUUCUUGGAAGACGUUAGUAUGCCAUCCUUUGUUGGAGUAUCCGGUGUUUCGAGGGCAAGAACUCCGACACGCCAGCAACGAUCAAUGCCAACGCAGAAUAUCUCUGCCACCCCAGUUCCCUCACCGGGAAGUAGUCGACGUGGGCCAACGACUAAUGAGUGCUUGGAGGACAUAACAAUGCCAUCAUAUGGGAGCUCAGGUAGAGGAGCCACGAAUGAGUUCUUAGAAGAUAUUUGUAUGCCUUCGUUUGCCGGAGUAUCGGGCGCUUCAAGAGCAAGAACUCCGACACGGCAGCAGCAAACGAUGCCAUCCCAGAAUAUAUAUGACAUAUCAGCACCGUCUUUUGGUAACAGUGGACGUGUACCAGUGACAAAUGAAUGCUUAGAGGACGUAACUAUGCCUUCAUUUGCCGGUAUAUCGGGAUCCUCAAGACGGCAACAGGCUAUGCCUUCUGAGUGCUUGGAAGACGUCAGUGCACCUUCAUUUGGACAGAUAAUGUCGCGUAGUAGAUCACCGCGACGUCAACAAAGGCCUUUAGAAAAUAUUAGCAACGCAAGUCGAGCACACGCGACAAAUGGGUACCUUGAGGACAUCACCAUGCCUUCCUUUGGAGAAGUAUCGAGUGCUUCAAGGGCAGGAACCCCGACGCGUCAACAGCGUUCCAUGCAAACCCAGAAUAUCUGUGACAUUUCUCCUCCUUCAUUUCGGAGACGCGUUCCAAAUACUAGUGAAUGUUUAGAAAAUAUAAGCAUGCCGUCAUAUGUGACCGCAGAUGCCUCAAGAGCAAGAACUCCGACACGGCAGCAGCAAACGAUGCCAUCCCAGAAUAUAUAUGACAUAUCAGCGCCGUCUUUUGGUAACAGUGGACGUGGACCAGUGACAAAUGAACGCUUAGAUGACGUAACCAUGCCGUCAUUCGGAGGAGUAUCAGGGUCUUCACGACGACAGCAAGCCAUGCGCUCCGAGUGUUUGGAUGAUAUCAGCGCACCAUCGUUUGGCCGGAGCGUAUCGCUCGGUAGAUCACCUCAAGGUCCGCAGAAGCUCCAACGAAACAUUGUAGAUAUAACUGCUCCGUCAUUUGCCAGUUCAGGUCGGGGCCCUCAAACUAAUGACUACCUGCAGGACGUUAGCAUGCCUUCAUUUGCAGGAAUAUCGGGGGCUUCGAGAUCAAGAACUCCGAUACGACAACAGCGCUCAAUGCCAUCGCAGAAUAUCUGUGACAUAUCAGCUCCAUCAUUUGGAAGCAGUGGACGUGGUCAAAAUACAAAUGAAGGUUUAAAGAACUUAUCAGGUGCAGGACCAUCAUAUAAUCAGUACUUGGAGGACAUUAGCAUACCUUUCUUUGAAGGUGUAUCGGGUGCUCCAACAGCAAGAACUCCGACUCGGAAGCAGCAAUCGAUGCCAUCCCAGAAUAUUUGUGACAUAUCAGCGCCGUCGUUUGGUAGCAGUGGACGUGGACCAGUGACAAAUGAACGCUUAGAUGACGUUACUAUGCCGUCAUUUGGAGGAGUAUCAGGGUCUUCACAACGACAGCAAACCAUGCGUUCCGAGUGCUUAGAUGACAUCAGCGCACCAUCGUUUGGCCGGAGCGUAUCGCUCGGUAGAUCACCUCAAGGUCCGCAGAAGCUCCAACGAAACGUAGAUAUAACUGCUCCGUCAUUUGCCAGUUCAGGUCGGGGUCCUCAAACUAAUGACUACCUGCAGGACGUUAGCAUGCCUUCAUUUGCAGGAAUAUCGGGGGCUUCGAGAUCAAGAACUCCGAUACGACAACAGCGCUCAAUGCCAUCGCAGAAUAUCUGUGACAUAUCAGCUCCAUCAUUUGGAAGCAGUGGACGUGGUCCAAAUACUAAUGUAUAUGAAAGUUCGGGCAGAGGUCCAGCGACUAAUGAGUGCUUAAAUGACAUUAGUAUGCCUUCCUUUGCUGGAGUGUCGGGUGCUUCGAGAGCAAGAACUCCGACACGUCAACAGCGAUCAAUUCCAUCCCAAAAUAUCUCUGCCACCCCUGUUCCCUCACCUGGAAGUGGUCGACGUGGGCCAACGACUAAUGAGUGCUUGGAGGACAUAACAAUGCCAUCAUAUGGAAGCUCAGGCAGAGGAGCCACGGCUAAUAAAUAUGCUGGGCGAAGUUUAUCACAAGGAGCAAGUCCCAGAACUCAACAAUUAUCGGCGCUUAUUGAUAGCUCUGGAAGAGAUCCAAUGGCGAGUGAGUGCAUAGAAAAUAUAACAGCGCCAAGUGGCGUUUCAGGUGCUGGCACAAGUCGGCGAGAAUUGACAAUGCCCAGCGAGUGUUUGGACAAUGUGACUCCUCCCUCCUAUGGGCGCAGUGGAAUAUCCCAAAAUACACCACAGUUGUGGAACAUAUCUCCACCGGUAUUUGACACUUUCACCAGUCAACCGAGCAAUUUGCGUAGACCGCGUUCUGUACCGGCUUAUCUCAGCGAGUAUCUAGAUGACGAGACUGCUCCCAGCUUUGGCAACAGCAGUAGGGGUAUGAAGAGUCUAUAUCAGAUGCCGCUGCAAGAAACCGAUGCAUCGACUGACUCAAUGCAGCACGGAACGCCGCUUCGACAGGUUCACAGUUUUCCGGUCAUCCCCAGUCAACAGAACAUUGGUGACAUUUCAGCACCUUCUAUGGGCAGUCCGGCGCAUGAGUUUUACAAUAGCUUCCAAAACUCGAGAGCUGUGCGGCAACCUACUGCCGAUGAAUCCUAUCCAAGCGAAAUGCUGGGUAAUGUAAGCGCCCCUUCAUAUGCAAGCACUAUGAAUCGUUCUCAGCCUAAUCGGCCGACAAACUUUAGUGCAGCCUACGAGAACCUUGAAAACGUUACAGAACCUUCGAUGUUUGCUAAUAGCUCUACGCGUUCUCAAAUGCCUUCUAAUCGUAACAAUUCUCGGCCACUUGAAACGCCCGAAGAUAGACAGAAAACCAACUUUAGUCAUUCCACUGGCAAACGUCUUGAGGAUGUAAUGGAUAUAAGCGAACCAUCUGGACUGUAUCGAAGUGGUGCACACGCUCAGAAUGCGGAGAAUAUGGGCAUACCCUCGGAGAGAGGGCAGGACUUGAGUGGGAUGCAAGUAAAAAGGGGCGACUCAAAUCUUUCUCAGCAAAUAUCAAUCUCUGAGCAAAGUGUGAAGAGGACUGUGAUCCAAAAUACAUCUGGUCAGCUUGGCAAUGAAAGUGAACCCUCCGCACUCAAUAAUAGUGCGAAUGGGCCAGUCGCAGUUGAGGUGGAAAAUGUGACUGUUACGACAUCUGUGACUUCCGUGAAGCGUUUAUAUCCAAACGAAGACAGUCGGAUGGAGGACGGCUACGACAACCGAAAUCGCGACGAAAAGGCCUACGACAACCGAAAUCGCGACGAGAAUGGCUACGACAACCGAAAUCGCGACGAGAAUGGCUAUCAGAAUGCACCGAACUACCAGGGCAUAAACGACAUCUCUAUGCCGCCAUAUGAGAGCACUGGCAACAGCUCGCCGGGCCAAUCGAAGCGUAACAAUAUGUAUCUCUCAGAUAUCAGUGAGCCAACCUACGGUCCCUCUUACCAGUCAACCCAGUCAACCCAGAGCCAUGACCCUAAUGCGACCUUCCACGGCUUUGACUCAAUGGACAACUAUGCCCCGUUCGAUCAGCUAGUCAAUUCGAUGCCGCAAAAUCAAUUAUCGAACAGCAAUGCAUUACCUGACAACGGUCUCGCCACGCCAGAGCCGGUGCGUGGCAAAAAUGUUCAAAUUAACAAAACACCCAACAGCCAAAGGUCAGAACAGCAAACGGGUCAAAAAAAUCCGUGUUCAUGUUCAGCGAGCUUGUAUGGGAGGACGCCCACCAAUACCCCAAAUCGUAAUCCACCUCGUUAGGAAAUUUACUCUCUAAACAUUUUGUCCACAUUCUGAGCCUACUCUUCGGGAGGGGAUCCUGCAAUUGAAAAUAUUUAUGAUUUAGUACUUGUUUUAAGCCUGAAAAAAUGAUCGAAAUUCGAGUUAACAAUAAAAUGGAAGUGAAGUGAAUACCAAA